AUGUUGGUCAACCAGACGCCCGUCAACUAUGCUCUUGUUGUAGCCACCAAGUAUGGCGCUGGAUACGUCGGCUUAGCAUGUUUUCUAUACUUCCUCUCUGCAUUAUUUAUUGGCGGCGUACGGGCUAUAUCGCUUCCAUUCUCAAUACUAGUCGAGAGCUAUGGAGCCAUUGAGAUUCUGUGGUAUCUCCUCUGGUUUCUGCCCUUUAAAGCCCGGGUACAGAAACCAGGUCGGCCUAUGGUGAUGACCACACGACCUCAACGCAAGGCUUUGUUUGAGGUAUCUUUGGACCAAGUAUCCGAUGCGCGAUUAUUCAUUCGGAAAUGGUUGGGCAAUGCGCAUUUAGACGAAAUCUAUCGGGAUGAUAUCAAAGAUUGGUUGCUAUCAUACCUAUGGGCGACAGAUACAGAUGUGGGCGUUGAUGCAGACGAGCUGGAGGAAUACAUUGAGCUCAUUGAACAGAAAGCCAACUUGACACUGCUUCGAGGUCGCGCAGGCGCAAAACCAAUCCGGCUUCACUUGGACCCAGUCCAAGUUUCGCACAGGUCGAUAUUCUUCUACAUUGUCAUAGGCGUGGUGGAUAUUAUCACGGUGGCACGUCUCAUGAUGAAGGGCUUCAACUUUUACGCACAACCACGAUCGUCCUUCUUCAGAGUCUUUCCCUUACGGCUAAUGACAUUAUUCGCGGCUAGGAGGUCAGCCUCGCCGCACUUUAGCUAUUUCUACAGGCCACACACGUCCAAGACACAUCGACCUAUGGUCUUCUUCCAUGGCGUCGGCCUGGGCCUGUCGCCUUAUGUCGCCUGGCUCGACACCAUCCCCAAGGAUAUUGGUAUCCUUGCGCUCGAGAUGCUACCGGUAUCGAUGCGCAUCUGCCCCGAAGCCGUGGCGCCAGCAGACUUUCAAAAAGCCAUGACGGAGAUUCUAUCGCAGCAGGGCAUUGACGACUUUGUCCUUGUUGGCGACUCGUACGGCACGUUGCUGGCACGGCCACUGCUGGACGAUCCGGCCCUCGCGGCCAAGGUCGACUCGCUGGUGCUGUGUGAUCCCGUGGCGCUGCUAGCCCAUCUCCCAGACGCAGUCUACAACCUGACGCGGCGGACGCCCCAGACUGCGCCCGAACUCCAGGCGCGCGCGCUCGCCGCUCUGGAUCCGGGGGUCGCCCAUACUCUGGCGCGCCGGAUGCACUGGCCCGAACACACCCUCUUGCGCGAGAACCUCGUGGGGCGCCGGACGACGGCCGUGGUCGCGGGGCGCGACUGCAUCAUCAACGCCAAUGCCGUGGCGGGUUACGUCUACUAUAGCGACGCGGGCUACAUUACGUCGGCGGACGCGGAGGAGUUGCGCAAGACGCCUGAGCUGUGGACCGGCCGGGCCGAGCUCGAGCUCAUCUACUUGCACGACAGGGGUCACGGGCAGUGCAUGCGAGCUCCGGCCGAGAUGAGGAGAGUCACCAAUGUGGUUGAGAUGUACGCCAGGCUGGAUCUGGAUACGAACGAGGAACUCGGAGAGAAGACCGAAGCAGGACAAGAACAGGACACGGCGGAAGUAGGCACAGUAGCUUCGAGGUCCAGUCAGGUGUCUGCUGCCAACUUUGUCUAG